AUGCGCCGCCUGGUCCCAUGCGCCUUCUGGUGCAUCGACAUGGACCUGGAUGCCAUCAAUGGCGAGCAGAUCGAUGCAUCCGCGUCCAGCAGGAGUACCGACAGGCGCAGGCUCAGCUCGGAGCUGGCGCAGGCGAAGAUUGACACCAAGAGAUUCCUGAAGGACGAGACCGGCCGCGUGACAGAUUUCUACAGCAAGGUCGGCGACCUCGGCGAGGGCGCCUUCGGCGACGUCUGGCUGGCCAGGCAGCGGGUCUGCGCGGGCACGCCGCAGGAGCAUCUGGGCCGCACGGUGGCAGUGAAGCGCGUCCGCAAGCCCAACACCAGCAUGGGCCUGGACGAGGAGGGCGCAGACUCCGAGGAGGCAGUGGAGGACUUCCGAGCCGAGGUGGAGCUGAUGAAGGCCCUGGACCAUCCCAGCAUCUGCCGCCUGCUGCAGGUGUUCGAGGACUCCAAGAGCCUGUACCUGGUAAUGGAGCACAUCACCGGGGGCGAGCUCUUCGAGCGCGUCGCGGAGUUCGGCACCUUCUCCGAGCACGACGCCGCGCGCGUGAUCCAGCAGGUUGCGUCGGCGCUCGCGUACUGCCACGGUCACGGGGUGGUGCACAGGGACGUCAAGCCCGAAAACAUCAUGGGGGCCGACGACGAGCUGACAGUCAAGCUGAUCGACUUCGGCUUCGGCUGCCGGAUACUGUCGGGCGUGAGGCUGCGGGCCAAGGUCGGCAGCUUCCUCUACAACGCGCCGGAGGUCCUGGCGGGCGAGGAGUGCGACGAGAAGCAGGACCUUUGGUCGCUGGGCUGCGUGCUCUACGUCCUGUUGAGCGGGGACAUGCCCUUCUACGGCCCCGACAGCAAGAGCAGGAUCCUCGGCGGCUCCUACAGCAUGGAAGGCGACGCCUGGCGCGGCGUGAGCCCCGCGGCCAGGGAGCUGGGGUCCAGCGCGGGGCUGUCCGGCCAGCUGCACCGAGCUAUCGCGGACCUUCGGGCCAGCUAG